AUGCUCAGUUUGUUGUCCAUUAGCACCCCUCUCUUUUCUUUUCCUCUUGCGCUCAAUCCAACCAUACCUUCUCUCUUUUUCUCAUUGUUUCAAUCUUUUCAUUCCCUCUUGGUGUUCUGUUCUCUCGAGUUAGCGAAAUUUUUUAAAGAUUUUUCUUCCUUUUUACCUUUUUUAUUUCUUUUCUUACUUUUUACCAUUUUUUUCCUUUUUUAUUUCUGUUUUUUCUUUUUACAUUUUUCCUAUUUUAUUUCUUCUUUUUUACCUUUUUUUCCUUUUUUCCUUUUUUUAUUUCUUUACUUCCUUUUUAACUUUUUUAUUUCUUUUCUUGCUUUAUUUCUUUUCUUCCUUUAUUUCUUUUUCAUUUCUUUUCUUCCUUUUUUAUUUCUUUUCUUACUUUUUCUUUUUUAUUUCUUUUCUUCCUUUUUUCCUUCCAUUUUUACCAUUUUUGUUUCUUUUUUUCUUUUUUACCUUUUUUAUUUCUUUUCUUCCUUUUUAACUUUUUUAAUUCUUUUCUUCCUUUAUUUCUUUUCUUCCUUUUCUUCCUUUUUUAUUUAUUUUCUUCCUUUUUUAUUUAUUUUCUUCCUUUUUUUCUUUUUUAUUUAUUUUCUUUCUUUUUUCUUUAUUUCUUUUCUUCCUUUUUCCUUUUUUUCUUCCAUUUUUACCUUUUUUAUUUCUUUUCUUCCUUUUUUACCUUUUUUCUUUUCUUCUUUUUACCUUGUAAAAAAAUUUCUUUUUUUAUUUUCAAUUUUUUUUCCUUUUUUUAUUUUGACUUUUUUUGGUUUUUAUUUCUUUUCUUCCUUUUUACAUUUUUUUUUUUUUUCAAAAGCAAAACUAUAA